AGUGAAGGUGCUGUUUUAAUUGAAGCCGAUGCUACAGCCUUUGAUUCUCAUUUAUCAUCAUAUCCAUUUGAAGGCCUUAAAAGACUUGCUGCUAGAGAAUAUAAACAUGAAAUCUUUUCUAUUGGUAUUGAUGAUUAUGAAACUUAUCGAUAUCUCUUGCGAGAGCAUGAUGAUAGAUAUAUUAAUUACAAAACAUAUCUAGAUUUUUAUAAAAAUUCUGAUUUUCUUAAAAAUAAG